CGUUGGAAAUUGCAAUUUAUUAAUAAUUUUGGCUAUAAAAAUGUUUUGUUUAAUGUAGUAAUAAUAUUUAUUGAAAAAAAUGAGAUCGAAACAAGCUCAAAAAUUAAAAAUACAAGCUGUGCAAAAGGAACAAGUCCAACUAGUACAAAUUGAAAGCAUCUUAACAAGUCUAUUGGGCAAAGUAAACGAAAGCAUCAAUGAAUUGAAGGUGGAAGAACUCCAAAUAAAGUCCAACCUUGUGGAGCAAUACACCCAAGAUGAUCUGCCGACAACAUCAGCACAUGCAGCAUCUAGGUUCAAUGCAACUUAUCUCCAGGCCGAUACAGAUCCAUUAAACAUACAACAACCAAAUGCUACAAUCGACAUGGAGGGCAUAGAAGAUAUUAACAAACAAAUGUUGGCCUUAGAAUCACUACUUGUUCCACUGAAGCGAGAGAACUAUAAGGAGGAAGAAGAAGAGGAGGACGAUGAUGACUACGAUGAAGAGGAUGAUGAAUACAUGCCCUCCGAUGAUGAUUGAAAAAGAAUUUUGAAUUAAAACAAGACUGAGGAAGAAAUUAAUGACUUUUUUUACAUUUUAUUAAUUUCUUAAAUAUAAUUUUUUAUAAUUAUAAUAAUUUUGUUAUUAUAGUCUGCCAGGAAUAAAGGUAAUAUAUAUAUAAUUAUAUGUGUAUAAGUUAAUUAUUUAAUUAAUUACAAGCUUUUGUUCAUAAAGAAAAGCACAAUUGAAAACUUUUCUAACAUCAACAAAAUAAGUAUACAAUAGAAGUAUAAACAUGUACAAAAUGGAAUGUAAAUUAUUGAUUAUUUUGUUUUUGAAUGAGAAAAUAUGCGUUUUUUUAAUGUUAAUAAUUUAUAUAAAAUAAAUAAAUAUUCGUACUAAUGAUAAUAUAUUUUGGGGAAAAUAUAGACUAGAGAAUUAGUUAUACAUUGUUUUAAUUUGUUUUAUACUGGUAUAGAAUUAUUGAUCUUUUCAAAUACAUAUUUAUAUAAAUAAGAUUUUAACAUAAAGUCGAAAUUAUUGCGUUUUUACAAUAGAGAUUGUUCGAGCAUAAUAUUUUCGAAACCUGCUGGCGGUGCAUAAUGAAAUUUAUUCAAAAUAAUGUCUAAUAUUGCUCCAUUACCAAC